AUGUGGCAGCGCAUCUUGCUAAAACAGGGCGGCUCAAUUAAUACAUCCUCAACUUUAGUUCUAAUUAAUACCAUCGAACGACGCUUCCUGCGCCCAGAUGAGGGACUGGAGUAUGCUGAAAGUACCAGCGGCCGGCAGGAGGAUGUUGCUGCAAUGCGGCAAUUCGGCGUACGCAUCAGUCCACUGCGUGACUCGAUUCGGGAGCUGCGUUCCCUCUGGUCCUGCUUGACCUUGGGUUUGAACGCUCUGUCCGAGUGCCUGGAACGCCAUGAAUUGGUGCAUCGACUCGUCUUCGACGCCAGCCAGCUGGAGGCGUGGCUCUCGGAGCAAGAGCUACAUCUUUUGACAAUAGAGAUACCGAAGGAGUUGGCCUUGCUUCAAACUCGUUUGCGCAAAUUAUUCGUAUCCUAA